AUGGGCUGUCAUUCACAUUUCCCUCUAUCCAUCCAUUUUAGUCAUACGGGUUUUAUAAACGGUAACUGCCUGGUGAUAGCCGCAGUGCUCUGCUCCUCGAAGCUGCGCAGCGUGACCAACCUGUUCAUCGUCUCGUUGGCCGUGGCGGAUCUGCUGGUGGGCGUGGCAGUGCUGCCCUUCUCAGCCACAAGGGAGGUCUUUGAGGAAUCGGGAGGCUACACGAUUAUCACCUGA